AUGACAACCCCGAAGGAAAUCUUUAAAAAUACAAUGAAGGUGUUGAAAUACCUGGAUACUAUUUUGCCCAAUGGAAGUUUCGUUGUUAUUACUGGGCUGGUUGAUGGCAGAAUACUCUACAAGAGCAUGCACGACAGAAUCCAUCCAAUUGGAAGAUCACGUAACGAUGUCACUUACAAAGACUUUUUCGACUAUUUCGACUGCCUGCAGUUCAGCUUCUUGUUUUUUCUUUCUCUCUCUCCCAUUCUACAGCGAGCAAACCAACUUUCUGAUGUUCUGGCGGAAAUUGUCAAAAAUCACAAUAAUUUCAAAAAUUUCCGUUUGCAUUUCAUCGGACAACUCUUCGUUCAGGUAAUGGAGUACUGGCGAAAGAAAGGUGGAGCUGAUUGGCAAAUUAUUGAACCUGCAGAUGGUUUCCAUGACAACCAGCUCGGUCAGCAGUUAACCGCAAAAAUCAUCUGGGAUGACAUCGAGAAGAAUUUCCCAGAAAUUCUUGGACCCGUGAACCCAAACAAUAAGAAAAUCAAGCAAAUAUUUGGCGACCAAAAUGGUUAUUGA